AUGACUACCUUUUCCUGGGGCCUGGAUUACACCGAUUAUGAGUUCCCUUCGGACCUGCCGGACAUCGAUCCCCGGGCUUUCCCUUGCACCCAGAGCGAGGUGGGCUCCUUUGCCCGCACCUUUGGCCCGGCUGUCUUCUCGGUGGCUUUCCUCCUGGGCUUGGUGGGUAACGGCUUGGUCCUGGCCGUCCUUUCCACACGCCGCUGCCCGUGGCUCCUAGCUGACCGCUUCCUCUUCCAGUUGGCCGUCGCUGACCUCCUCCUGGUGCUGGCUCUUCCUUUCCGUGCCACACAGUUCUCCCAGUCGUGGGCCUUCGGAGAACCCUUUUGCAAACUGGUCGGGGCUCUCUCCGCCAUGAACAGCUACAGCACCGCCUUCCUCUUGGCCUGCAUCACCAUCGAACGCUACCUGGCCAUUGUCCACUCACUCCAGCCGCGGUGGACGCUCCACGGCGCCUUCCUGGUCUCCACCUUGCUGUGGACCGUCUCCAUCGGCCUCUCCGUGGUGGAGCUCCAUUUCCGAACCGUGUCGUACGUCUCGCGAGCCAAGGCCGUCGUGUGCCAUUUGGGGUUCGACGCCCAGGACGCCAACACGUGGCGCUUGACCCUCCGCUUGGUCUCCUUCCUGCUGGGUUUCCUCUUCCCGCUCAUAGCCAUGACCUACUGCUACGUCCAAAUGGCGGUCAAGCUCCGGCAGCUCUUCUUCCGCGUGACAGCGUUGCGGCUUCUGUCCGUGAUCCUCCUCCUCUUCGUCCUUUGCUGGGGUCCCUUCCACGGCUUCGUCUUAGUGGACAGCCUCCUGCGCUUGGGACACUUGAGCCGCGACUGUGCCAAGGAGAAGAUUCUGGACUUUGGUCUGCUCUUCACUGAGAGCCUGGGCCUCGUCCACUCCUGCCUCAACCCCUUGGUUUACGCCUUCGUGGGGGCCAAGUUCCGGAAGGAGCUCUCCGGGUUGUUCCAGGAUUGGCGGCAAUGUCGGUGGCGACAAGGAAGAGCCCCGAGUCCGGUGGUCAGCGGCCGGGAGACCGAGUUGAGUGUGGCCCAAAUGGCAGACUAUUCUGUCAUGAUGUGAAAGCAUCACACUUCAUUCAGUGCAUGCAAUUCCAAAGCAUAGACUCAUAGGAUCCUAGAGUUGGAAGAGUCUCCCUUCUUCCAUGCAAGAAGACAUCAUCCGAUCCCUCCCAACAGAUGGCCAUUCAGCC